AUAUAGGCGCAGCAGCAGCGACCAAACACACACGAGUUUUUUUUCUGACAGAAACUCUGAAAUACUGGUGUGAUUUUUGCAUAAAAAUCUGUUGCGAGUGGAAAAAUCAAUUGGGAUAAUAAUCAACGUAGAGCAGCAGCAGCAGUCAGUCCAACAAAAAUUAUGGAUAGCGCCGGUAAAAAUCGUUAUGAACUUUUGUUCAUGGACGACGAUGUUAGCGAUCCAUUAGAUAAUCUUGUCGCGGCCAAGAAGAAGCAGCAGCCAGCGACGGUGCCAGCCUCAGCAGCAGCGACCACAAAAACGGCGCCAACUGCAAAGGCACCAAAAGCAGCGGCAGCCCCCAAGAAGCCAAAUCAAGCCGAAAAGGAAAACAAACCAGGUGCGCUUAACAAGAAUGAUGGCAAGAAAACUGCAAGUGGCAACAACAAUGACAAAUUCAACAACAACACGAACAACAACAACAGCAACAAUAGGCAAGGUGGGGCUGUCGCUGCCCGCAAUAAUGCUGGCGGCGGCGCUGCUGCUGGCAAAACACGUGAAACUGGUCCAGGGCAACAACAACAACAGCGCAAUGUCAAUUUUCGUCAACAGAACGGCGGUGAGGUGACUCGCGAGCAGCGCAACAAUCGUCGCAACGUGCGCGAAAAUGGCGCUCCAGGUGGCAACUCUGGUGGUGGCAAUAAUGCUGAUGGCAAUCCUCGACCUUAUCGCAACACCGGUGGCGGCUUUGGCAACGGCGGUGAUCGUCCCCCUCGCCAGAAUCGUAACUUUGAGGGUGGCAAUCGUAAACGUGAAUUUGAUCGUCAAUCUGGCUCGGACAAAACUGGUGUGAAGGCAAUUGAUAAACGCGAUGGAGCUGGUGCACACAAUUGGGGAUCAGUCAAGGAAGCGAUCGAUGAUGUGAACAAGAACAACGAGGGUGAAACGAGUGCGACCAACAAUGCCGAAGGCAAGGCCGAUGAAUCUGGCAAUGAACAGCAGAGCGGCGAGCAGCAGCCAGCAGCCGAGGAGGAGACCAAAGAGCUAACCCUGGAUGAAUGGAAGGCACAGCAGCAACAGCGCAUUAAGCCCAAGUUUAACAUACGCAAGGCCGGCGAAGGUGAGGACACCUCACAAUGGAAGAAAAUGAUUGUGCUGACCAGCAACAAAAAGAAGGAGAACGAAAGCGAAGAGGAACUUGAAUACGAUCCCGCCAUGUAUCCGCAACGCGUUGGACGCCAACAGCGCGUCCUUGACAUUCAGUUCAAUUUCAAUGAUGGUCGUCGCGGCGGUGGUGGCGGUUUCGGUGGACGCGGUCGUGGUGGCCCACGUCCAGGCGGACCACGCAACGAGGGCAAUCGCGGUGCCCAGGGUGGUGGAAGCGGUGCUCCAGGCGGUGCCAAUGCCAACACUGAGGGCGGCGUCACUGCCGCUGGCGGAGCUCCACCAUCUUCUCGCCCCGAGGGCGGCAAUCGGCCGCCAGUUGAGCGUCGUGGUCUUGGCGGCGGCAUUGGCGGUGGUCAUGCUGGCAAACGUUUUGGCAACGAGCGACAACAGAAUGCCGCACCCAAGGUCAACGAUGAGCGUCAGUUUCCCACAUUGGCCUAAGGUGGGAUUACUGCGAUUUGGAAUUGGAGUUGGAGAUUAGAAGGAGGCACUCGCUGCUGCUGCUGCUGUCGCAGGCGCUGGGCGUGCAUUCAAUUUUAAUCAUGGUGCCUGUUGUAGGAGAAGGAGGAGGAGCAGGAGAGGAACAGGUUAUCAAUAUAUCACACAAAAUGCAAACAAAUAAAACACACAUACAUACAACAUAUAACACACACACAUGCGAAUUGUAAGAGAAAUAUACAUUUUCGGCCGCAGCGCAGCCAAAGCCAAAAGCAACAAAAACAAGAGAGAAAAAUUCAACUUUUCGAAAACAAUAACAAAAAAAAAAAUUGAGAAAUAAAUUAAAACUAUACUUAUAAUAAAAAUUUAAAACAAAACAAAAACCAAACUGUAAAUCUUAAGCAAAAGCAAUUUAGAGAAAACUAAAGAGCAAAAAGUUUCUAUUUCUAUCACACAUUGUAAA